AUGGACACAAUAACAGAUACCGGCUACGCCGACCCUAUCAACACCUCAUCCAGCACAGCUCAGCCUCCUCCCCAACUGGCACUGCUGGACUUCUUCUUCCCGGGCUUCAGCGUCUUCACGACAGCCUUCCAAAAGUACCUCGGCAUCGACCUCAAUGUCUACAUCCCCCUGGUGAUCCUCUGUGGCGGCGCCACCUUUGCCUGGAGGUACUUUAGCGAGUACCUCUGGGAAAAGGUCGAGAAGCACCUCAUGUCGACAGUCGAAGUCCGCACCGACGACGAGAUCUACAACAUCCUCAUGUCUUGGGUCGCCGCCCAAAAGUUUGCCAAGAACUCGCGGCGUUUCGUUGUUAACACCAACCUGAGCUCCCGUUCCUGGUUCCUCUGGCGCUGGGACGACGAAGAGGAGGAGUCGGACGAGUCCUCGGACGGCGGCCUCGUCGAGAUCUCGGGCCAGAAGAAGAAGCCCCUCGCCUACACGCCCAGCUUCGGCAGCCACUCGUUCUGGUACCGCGGCCACCUGCUCCUCUUCAAGCGCAGCCAGAACCGCGAGCAGGCCUCCUACCUCGUCGUCAGCGAGCGCGAGGAGAUUAGCCUCUCGUGUUUCGGCCGCAACCCUUGGGUCCUCAAGGAGCUCCUCCAGGAGGCCCGCGCAGAGUACCUCAAAAAGGACUCGCAAAAGACUAUGAUUUACCGCGGCAGCACCCGCGCCGGCACCACGGAGCCCACAUGGCAGCGGUGUAUGGCCCGCACCUCCCGGCCCUUCUCGACCGUCAUUCUCAACGAGAAGACCAAGAAGGAGCUCGUCGACGACGUCGCUGACUAUCUCUCCCCCGUGACUCGCAAGUGGUACUCGAACCGCGGCAUCCCCUGGCGCCGCGGUUACCUCCUGACGGGGCCUCCUGGUACCGGCAAGUCCUCGCUCUCACUCGCCCUGGCUGGCUUCUUCAAGAUGCGCAUCUACAUCGUGAGCCUGAGCUCCAUCUCGGCCAACGAGGAGAACCUGGCCACCCUGUUCGCCGAGCUGCCCCGGCGAUGCGUCGUCCUUCUCGAGGACAUUGAUACCGCCGGCCUGACGCACACCCGUGAGAACGUCACCGGGACCGGUAGCGAUGCCGUGGACGCCAAGGACGGAGGCGACAUGGUGCCCGGCCAGCUGACCGUGGGCAACGGCGCCAACAACACCAGCGGCCGCCUCUCUCUGUCCGGCCUGCUCAACAUCCUCGACGGCGUCGCCAGCCAGGAGGGCCGCGUCCUGAUUAUGACCACCAACCACGUCGAGAAGCUCGACAAGGCCCUCAUCCGCCCCGGCCGCGUUGACCAGAUUGUAAAGUUCACCUUGGCCGACGGCGAAAUCAUUGGCGCCAUCUUCCGUGCCAUUUACGCACCCCUUGAGGGCGACGAGGACAUUGCCGCGCAGCCCCUCCAAGAGCACAAGCAACUGGUCGGUGACACUCUUGAGGACAACGACGACGACGAGAAGAAGAAAAAGCUUGCCGAGCAAGCCGCCGCCCGCACCGCAGAGAUCGUCGCCGCCGUCGAGGCCCUCUCCGAGACCUUCGUCGCCCGCAUCCCCGCGCACGAAUUCAGCCCCGCCGAGAUCCAGGGGUACCUCAUGAAGCACAAGCGCAGCGCCGAGGCCGCGGUCGCGGGCGCGGCGGAGUGGGUGACGGAGACGCGCAAGGAGAAGAAGGAAAAGGAGCUCAAGGCCGCCGAGGAGAAGCGGGCGGCCGAGGCCAAGCAGAAAGAAGAAGAGGAGAAGAAGCGCAAGGAGGAGGCCGAGGAGAAGGAGAAGGAGGCCAAGGAGAAGCGCAAAGAGGAGAGGGAGAAGAAGCGCAAGGCGGAGAAGAAGAAGAGUAAGCGGAAUAAGAAUAAGGAGGCGGCUUCUUCUGAUUCAUCCUCUUCCGACUCGGAUUCUGGCUCCGGAUCGGAAUCGGAGGCCCCCGUUAAGGGUUCGGAGAAGAAGACGGCGGAGGAGCCGGUCGUGGUCUCGGGGGCCAAGGCCGAGCACGGGGCUGAGGAUGUCACGCAAAAGCGAGACUCGGGUUACGGUACUCCAGUGGAGGUUUGA